UCAUCAACACGUGCGAGCGGAACACAGUGGACGGCAGCAAGCGAUCAUGUUCUCGCGGUUAAAAGACAAAGUAGGCUCGGUUCUGCUGCCGGGGGAUGAGUUCUGCUUGGACAGGGCCUCCGCCGCCGACACCAUCCCCCUGGCGGGCCCGUCGAAGCCGGACAAGGUGGUUUGCGGGCCCGGGCUGCGGCGGAGCGGUGACCGCCUGCUGGUGUACAAAAGCGGGGUUCUGCGACACAAAGAGCCCAACAUGUUCUGGAUGGACGCCCAGCACAAACGGUACGUUCCGGCCAAAGGAGAGACGGUCAUCGGCAUCGUGACGUCCAAGUCUGGCGACGUGUUCAAGGUGGACGUGGGCGGAAGCGAGCAGGCGUCAUUGUCCUACUUGGCCUUCGAAGGCGCCACCAAGAGGAACCGACCCAACGUGCAGGUGGGCGACCUGCUGUUUGCGCAAUUGAUCGUAGCCAAUAAGGACAUGGAGGCGGAACUAGUGUGCGUGGACAGUGCGGGACGAGCCAAUGGGAUGGGAGUGUUUGGAGCGGGUGGUCUUCUCUUCAGGGUCUCACUGGGUCUUGUCAGGCGGUUGUUGGCGCCCGAGAGUGAAUUGCGGUCAGAGCUGGAGCAGCUGUUCCCCUGCGAGCUGGUGGCGGGCAUGAACGGCCGCCUGUGGGUCAAGUCGACGAGCGUUCAGCGGACGCUGGUUGUCGCCAACCUGCUGGAGAGCUGCGAGAACAUGACGCCCGCGCAGAGGCGCAAGCUCUUCAGGAAGCUGGCCCAGGGGGCGCUCUAGAGACGCAAGAGGACGCCGGAGAACGAAACUGGCCAAAUGUUUGGACUCAAGGGGCCACAUUUGUUUUUGCCACAGACAAUCAGGACAGCUCACUCCUACAUUUGCUGUAAAAUAGCUGCAAUUGUUUAUUUUAAUAAAAUAAUUCACUCAU